AUGAGUCGCAAGACGCUCAAACGUUCCCUGCUAGACGACAGCGACGAGGAUGAGAAAGAUGCACAGAACCAAAAAUCUCAAAGCUUUCUUGACUCGAUCUUGAAACGCUGCUCAGCUAGGAGGAAUCCACCUAUCAAAAUUGAGUCUGACACGUCCGGCCAGGAAGACGACGACAAGGAUGUCGUGGUCCUGAUAAGACAACCAAAGAGAUCUUCAAGGGAAUCAAUACCUUCUCGAAGGAAGCGAAUUCUCAAAGAAAAGACUUCCGGCGCUGGCAAAUCGACCCGUGAACAAGAGAAUGAAGACCAAGAAAAUGAAGACGAUGAUGAUCACGAAGCCAUCACCGAUCCAAUUGACGAUCCUGGUGUCCAGAGACACUUGGCAUCCGUUGCGAGGCAGCUGCAAGAACUACACCAAAGAGUUCAAAGGUGCCCGCUUUCGCAGGACCCGCUGUCAAAUUUACACACCGUUGCACAGGAGAUUGAAAAGUUGAGCAAGUUUCAAGAUCGACAAGAACGUAUUGUCGGCUUGAUUGGUGAAACUGGAGCUGGCAAGAGCUCUGUCAUCAAUUCGAUUCUUGGCCAAAGAGGCCUUGCACGCUCGAGCGGAGCCGGGGCCGCGUGUACAAAUGUACCGGUUGAGUAUCGCCACCUAGACGACUGUCAUCCUCAUCCAUACACCAUUGAGGCGGACUUCAUGAGCGAAGAAGAAUUGAUGGAGCUCUUGGAAGAGCUUUUGCGAAGUGUUCGGCGUGCUUACCUUCCCACUGAUCGCAGUCUGAUUGGAGAAGAGGAUUGGGAGCAGUAUGAGGCGAUUGGGAAGAGAUCAUAUGAGACGCUGGGGGCCAUUUUCAAAUUCCGAGAAGAGGUGAACCUUGAAUAUCUUGUGCAGCCAGAUAAAGAGCUCGAGAUCUUGGAGGAUUUGGAGCAAACAGCCAGGAAGUUCUGGUCUUCCCAGUCUGGGACGCAGGGCUCAUCGAAGUUUUCCGUUGCUGCGAAAGACUUGGAACAAUGCAAAGAUGAAUUAGACCGCCUGGCAAGUGACUCUGAGGAUGAGCGCAAGCCCGCGUCAUGGCCGUUCAUCAAGCUGAUUCGUGUAUUCCUUGACCUGCCCAUACUGAAGAAAGGCCUGGUACUUACAGACUUGCCAGGGCUGCGCGACAUAAAUCACGCAAGAGUCAGAGCCACAGAAAAAUAUCUCGCCCGUACCUGCGAUGAAGUCUUCAUAGUGUCUGGAAUCGCAAGAUGCGUCUCGAACGAAUCCAUAUACGAUAUUAUCCGAAAGUGUGGGAAUGGGAAGCAUAUUCGAAUUGUCUGCACACGGGCGGAUGAAAUAUCACCGGAAGAGGAGGCUCGGGGGACCAGCCCAUUUGCGGCAGAGAUUAGAAACAUCAGCAUCAAUAUUCGUUCCCUCGAGACCGACUUAUGUGAAACGACCCUCUCCAGACAAAGCGCCCGAGAACAUGGGCGGGCCAAAUUCGCGAUUCGCGAAGCAAUGAUAACGGAUGAACUUCACGAGCUUCAAUACAAACGACAAGCACUGAUAAUGAAGCAUCGAAACGAGUCUGUGACGGAUGAGCUUUGCACAUCAAUUCAGCAGAGGGUGGCUUAUGAUGCCCAAUCGGUUCAUGUGUUCUGUGUUGGAAAUGAGUUAUAUGGCAAUCCUCCAUCUUGGCUCACCAGACAGUACCGGAAAUUGAGCGGAGUUCGUGAGCUGCAAAAGUAUUGCCAGUCAAUCCCUGCAGAGGCUCGAAUGAUAUCUGCCAGAUCUUAUGUUCAGCAUGAAGUGCCUGCACUCGUGCAUUCCCUUUACCAAUGGAAGCUUACAGGCUGCGACUCAGUCGGUGCUGAGAAGGCUACCAAGCUGCAGGUGGUAUUUGAUCAGGCAGAAAGCUCCUUGAGAGAGAAAUUCGAGUCGCCUUCAGGGCUGUUGACGAAUCUCCGCAACGAGGCACUUCCGACAUUUGAAGCCCUGGUCCUAAAGGAUCUUCGUCACUCGUUUGAGAGUAUUAUGGGGGACAAGUUUCUUGAAGUCGGUGAUCAAUGGCAACAGGAAUCACGGAACCCACACCACAAGAAGAAGAGGAUCCGUCUGCUGGAACGAUCUGUUGAUGGAGCAAACAAGCGUCAUGUCGCACCCAAAGCCAUUGACAACCUUCUUGUUGCCCUGAGUCAUCGUGAGAACAAUAUGCAACAGGCCCUACGAAAGGGCCUGUCCAGGUUUGACAAAAAUAUUCAGCUUGCGAAGCAACACCUCCUCUACGGCCACAACCAUAGUUCCUUGAUUGGCGAUCUGAUGCGUCAGACGUACAAUAAAUGCAGCAGAGAAGCCGGUCAGUGCCCUCACAUUAACGGUGCGAAAGCAGAAGAAGAAGAUCAAGUGAAGUACUCGGUCAGCCCUGACUCGUUCCAUCGUGAUGCAGGAGUAAAAAGUGACCAGCGCCGGAAGAACGCGAUGAUAGAUCAUCUUUCUGAUGCCGGUCUUUACUUAAAGUACAUUGAGUCCACUCGAUCAUUUUAUGAGGAGACUGUCAAGUCAUCUGUGGCCGUCAUCGAGAAGAGUUUGCGAGACCAGAUCAGCCUGAUUGUUGGAGACUUUGCGAGCGUGAUGAUGUCAAGCAAAGAGGACCCGGAGCCGGAAAGAGAGCCCAAGCUGACGCGAGAUUUGUCGCCAAGACUGCGAGAUCUUCAGAAAUCUCUGAAAUGCACGGCAGAGUCGCUGAAGAAAGUGCACAAUUAA